AUGGACGCGGUUAUCAAUGGAAUCCUGUUCGCCGCCGUCGAUCCACCAAAUGUUCGAAUUCAGCGACCAAAAUGGAUGGAGCUCCCUUCACCGAUGACAGUCUUUAUCUUUGUACUCGGGACAUACUUCCUCGUCACUGGCGGUGUCAUCUACGAUGUGAUUAACGAGCCCCCAAGCGUCGGUUCUACAACGGAUGAACGAGGAUUUCAACGUCCGCAAGCCAUUCUCCCGGGCCGAAUCAAUGGACAAUACAUUAUGGAAGGACUUGCUGCGGCAUUCAUGUUUACGCUUGGAGGAGUCGGCUUCAUUUUGCUCGACAAGGUCAAUGAACCUCAACUACAGAGAAAAACACGAUUGGCGCUGGUUGGCACUGCUUUUGGUUGUGUUGAAAUGACGAGGAUCAUCACUUCCGAAGAGGUCUCCCAACACAACUCGAAAUCCUCGGCUUGGGUUAUCAUCAAGGGAAAAGUCUACGAUGUUUCGAAGUUCCUUGACGAACAUCCUGGCGGCCCUGAAGUUCUUUUGGAACAAGCUGGAAAGGAUGCCACUGUUCCUUUUCUCGACGUGGGUCACUCCUCUGAUGCUCAACAAAUGUUAAACGAUUACUUGAUUGGUGAGCUACAGGGUGGAUCAAAGGUCAAUCCAUCCGUUCCCGCAAAGCCAUCACAAAAGUCCGAAAAAGACUCUUCAUUGAAGGAUGUGCUCCUAUCACCCACAUGGACGAAUUUUUUGAUUCCAACUUUCGUCGGUUUCCUCGUUUAUGCUCUCUACAAAAGCGCCGUGCGUGCAUUCUCG